ACAGACUGUUCUAUGACUGCAAAGAUGGAAACGACCUUCUACGACGAUGCCCUCAACGCCUCGUUCCUCCAGUCCGAGAGCGGCGCCUACGGCUACAGUAACCCCAAGAUCCUGAAGCAGAGCAUGACCCUGAACCUGGCCGACCCCGUGGGCAGCCUGAAGCCGCACCUCCGGGCCAAGAACUCCGACCUCCUCACCUCGCCCGACGUGGGGCUGCUCAAGCUGGCGUCGCCCGAGCUGGAGCGCCUGAUAAUCCAGUCCAGCAACGGGCACAUCACCACCACGCCGACCCCCACCCAGUUCCUGUGUCCCAAGAACGUGACGGACGAGCAGGAGGGCUUCGCCGAGGGCUUCGUGCGCGCCCUGGCCGAACUGCACAGCCAGAACACGCUGCCCAGCGUCACGUCGGCGGCGCAGCCGGUCAGCGGGGCGGGCCUGGUGGCCCCGGCCGUGGCCUCGGUGGCGGGCGGCGGCGGUGGCGGCGGCGGCGGCGGCGGCUUCGGCGCCAGCCUGCACAGCGAGCCGCCGGUCUACGCCAACCUCAGCAACUUCAACCCGGGCGCGCUGAGCGGUGGCGGCGGCGGCGGCGGGGCGCCCUCCUACGGCGCGGCCGGCCUGGCCUUUCCCGCGCAGCCUCAGCAGCAGCAGCCGCCGCCGCCGCCGCCGCCGCCGCCGCCGCACCACCUGCCCCAGCAGAUCCCCGUGCAGCACCCGCGGCUGCAGGCCCUGAAGGAGGAGCCGCAGACGGUCCCCGAGAUGCCCGGGGAAACGCCGCCCCUGUCCCCCAUCGACAUGGAGUCCCAGGAGCGGAUCAAGGCGGAGAGGAAGCGCAUGAGGAACCGCAUCGCUGCCUCCAAGUGCCGGAAAAGGAAGCUGGAGAGGAUCGCCCGGCUGGAGGAAAAAGUGAAAACCUUGAAAGCGCAGAACUCGGAGCUGGCGUCCACGGCCAACAUGCUCAGGGAACAGGUGGCCCAGCUUAAGCAGAAAGUCAUGAACCACGUUAACAGUGGGUGCCAACUCAUGCUAACGCAGCAGUUGCAAACGUUUUGAGGCGAGACUGUCGGGGGCUGAGGGGCAACGGAGAACAAAUAACCCAGAGAGGGACAGACUUGAGAACUUGACAAGUUGCGAGAGAGGGAGAAAGAGAGAAAAAAGAAGUGUCCGAGAACUAAAGCCAAGGGUUUCCAAGUUGGACUGGGUUGCGUCCUGACGGCGCCCCCAGUGUGCACGAGAGAGAAGGACUUGGCGCGCCCUCCCUUUGGCAGGGAGCCAGGGAGCGGCCGCCCGCGGGCUGCCCCGCUUUACGGUCGGGCUGUCCCCGCGCAAACAGAACGUUAGACUUUUCUUUAACAUUGACCAAGAACUGCAUGGACCUAACAUUCGAUCUCAUUCAGUAUUAAAGGGGGGAGGGAGGGGUCGCAAACUGCAAUAGAGACUGUAGAUUGCUUCUGUAGUGCUCCUUAAGAACACAAAGGGGGUGGGGGGGGGAGGCGGGAGGGAGGUUUGCGAGAGCGAGGCCCAGUCUGCAGAUGAACUCCUUCUGGACUGCCUUCCAUAACUGUGUAUGUACAUGUAUAUAUUUUUUAAUUUGAUGAAAGCUGAUUACUGUCAAUAAACAGCUUCACGCCUUUGUAAGUUAUUUCAUGUUUGUUUGUUUGGGUGUCCUGCCCAGCGUUGUUUGUAAAUAAGAGAUUUGGAGCACUCUGAGUUUACCAUUUGUAAUAAAGUAUAUAAUUUUUUUAUGUUUUGUUUCUGAAAAUUCCAGAAAGGAUAUUUAAGAAAAUACAAUAAAAUAUUGAAAAAGUGA